UGACGUUGAUGCUCUGAUGUAUAUCAUAGAGGAAUUUCCAUGAUGAAGUUACAGCAUAUAUGUAUGGCUCGCACUUUAAGAAACUUUCUAUUACAGAGAGAACUGCAGAAAGCACAGUUUGAACAUGAUUGGGUUACCAACGCCACAGUCAACUGGACUGGACAAUUCCACCGAGGCCUACACUUUCUCUCUUCAAAAACCCUCCAAUAACUGUGAGCUCCAGGAUGGCAUCCUGUCUGUGGUUCUUCCAGUCAGUUAUUCAGUGAUCUGCAUCUUCGGCCUGCUCAGCAACUCUGUGGCACUGUGGGUGUUCACCUUGACCUAUAAGAGCACAAAGACCUCCAUCAUAGUGUACAUGAGGAAUCUGGCCAUAGCAGACUUCCUACUGGUCCUCUGCCUACCCCUCCGGAUAUACUACCAGAACCACCCGGGGCCCUUCCUCUUGUGCCAGAUAGUGGGAGCCUUCUUCUACAUUAACAUGUACGCCAGCAUCCUGUUUCUGGGCUUGAUCAGCCUGGACAGGUUUCUGAAGAUCACCAAACCUGUGCAGCUUUAUCAGAUCCACAAGGUAAGCUGCAGCGUCAUGGCCACUUGGGCCGUAUGGCUUUUUCUCAUUUUGGGAAUGCUGCCUUUUUUCUUUGAGAAGAGGAAACCUGGCUCGUGUGACGGGAAGUGCUUCCACUUUAAAAGCAAGACCGCGGUGAGUGGCACCCUCAACCUUCUAGUGGUGGGCAUGUUCUUCCUGCUCUUGCUGCUGUUUUUCAGCUUCUACAGCAAGAUAGCCAUGAAACUCAAAUCCAUGUCCAUCGGAAAGACCCAGCAGAGCCGGAAAACGGCUGUCAUCAUGAAAACCUUUGUGGUCCUCGCCAUCUUCAUCCUGUGCUUCCUGCCGUACCACAUUGUGCGCAUUCCUUACGUGCUUUCCCAGUUGGAUAUAAUUCAGGAACAUAGCUACAAACAGACCCUGCACAUUGCCAAUGAACUGGUGCUCUGUCUGUCGGCCCUCAACAGCUGCUUGGACCCUGUCAUCUACUUCUUCCUCUCCAUCAAGUUCAGGAAAACCGUACUGUGCGCCUUCGAAGGAAAGCUGAAGAAGGUUUACACCCUGAACCAGAGGGGCACAAGCUUUGUGAGGUCAGUCACCGAAAUCUAGGCUGAAGAACUGUAUUGAGAAAAGCUGUACGGGGAGCCCAGAAGAUUACAAUGCCUUGAACCACGCUGAUCAGAAACGGAGGGGAAACCAGUCUUUCCCUACUCAACUCCUCAAUGGAGAGAACAUGUUACAGAACACCUACCACUGUGUGACUUGUAUAAAAGCAGUAUCUUUCAGGCUCAAAUGUCCAUGUAUGGAGUAACUGAACUGGCUGUGGUCUGAGUAUUUUAAAUUGAAUAUGCUCAGGUACUGUUACAAUGAUCUGCCGCCUUGUAAUGUGAUUAUUCACGCGCUGUGUUGACGUACACCUCACAGAUCUUCUGGUUUUAGUCAUUUUUAAAUCCCUUAUCUCAGCUAUCAAAGGGAUGAUCUGCCGCCUUGUAAUGUGAUUAUUCACGCGCUGUGUUGACGUACACCUCACAGAUCUUCUGGUUUUAGUCAUUUUUAAAUCCCUUAUCUCAGCUAUCAAAGGGAUGACUCCAAGCUGGUGAGCUUUGUGAACUAUUUUGGACAGUGACAUUUAGAAUGAACUCUGCUGUAGGCUGCUUGUGGUUUCACAUGCAAUAAACCUGCUGUUUGGCAACCCUGUAGUUACUGUUUGAGGCAGAAAAUAAAUGUAGGUUUUAAAACCAGUUUUCGUAAACACUGUUUUAUAUUGUAUCUGUAAAUGAACUAACUUUGUAAAUUAUUCAGAUUCUCUAUGUAUUUUAUUAAACGCUUAUAAUGUAAAAAAUUAUAUCUAUCUAUCUAUAUAUUUAUUGUA